CACCCGUGCAGCGCUAUGGCGAUGGGUGAGUUCUCUUUCUUUCCAACAGCUCAUUUUGUUGAGUGCUUACAGCUUCAGGCACAGUCCUGCCACACGGCAGGGGAUGCAAUAGAUCAAGCUAAGUGGCAGCAGUGGGGGACCAUGGAAGCCAGAACAGGGCUGCAGGCUGGAACACGCCAGCUCCGUGUGAACCUCAUCCUCCUGCCCGUGGCAGUGGUGAUGCUUCUUCUCUGCACCAGCCCAGUGUGCGCCACAGCCUUGGCUGGGUUCCCCGCAGACUGCAGCCACCUCACCAGCAGCAGCCCCAGCGGGGUGUACGUCAUCCAGCCGGCGCGGUCCCCCCCCCGCGUGGUGUGGUGCGACAUGGACACCGAGGGCAAGGGCUGGACUGUUGUCCAGAGGAACACUUACGACACUGAGAUCACGUGGAAAGAGUCCUGGACCACCUACAAGUACGGCUUCGGGAACGUGCAGGGCGACCACUGGCUGGGCACCGAGUACCUGCACCUGCUGACACAGCAGGGCACCUACAAGGUCCGCUUCGUCGUGCGGGACAAAGCCAACGUCACCCACUAUGCUGAGUACGACAUCUUCAGAGUGGAGAGCGAGGGCAGCGGCUACCCGCUGAGGCUGGGCCGGCUCCUGAGCAGCGGGACGGACUACCUGGCCAGCUACCACUCCUCGGGCAUCCACGACAACAUGAAGUUCAGCACGGUGGACAAAGACCAGGACCAGCACAGCGGGAACUGCGCCAGCAGCUACGGGGGGUGGUGGUACGACAAGUGCCAGAACGUCCUCCUCAAUGGCAAAAAGUACAUCCUCUGGCCAGAAAUCUGCCCAAGAGGUGACUGCACAUCAUCCCUCAUCCUGGUCAAACCCACCGACGUGUGCUGACUGUGCCAAAGGUUG